AAUCCACCAUUAACCAUAUUCUCAAAAGAAAAUUGUAUGAAUCGUUUACUUCGCUUUUUGUUUUUAUAUUUUGUUUUGUUUGUGAAAAGAGAACCACAAAAAAUAGUAUUUGUUCCCUGUUUCGAUUUAACAAAUUCACGGCUUAUCGGUAAUAACAACCUACGCCUUAUGACGAGGACACAUCCAACUUCUCCAAAACUUACUUGAAGUUCGCCAUAAAUCUAUCGACCUAUAUAUAUGCAAUGACAUUCUCCUCUCCCUGCCACAAUCAAGCAGUAAAAGAAAUCAAGCAACCAUCCACAUUCUUUGCUGCCAAACAACAACAAAAAUGGGAUUCUCCAUUGCACCUUCUGUGAUCAUUCCACAGGCCAUCUUCAUCAUGUUGCAGCUUCCACUACUAACGAACGCUAGACCACUAUUUUCACCAAUGGCGAUCACCCCUGCUUCUGCGCCUGCUCCAAGCCCCGCUGCUGCAACGAACCUGAUCGGUGAAGUUUGCAAGAAAAGCAACAUCGAUCCGACGCUCUGCAUCGCGACCCUGCGAUCGAUUCCCGGAGCAGCAUCAGCGUUCGAGGACAUCAAAGCUCUGGCCGAACUCGUAAUGCAGGCCGCCAAGGAAGAGUCGGAGGCCGUGGGUGAGAUGUUCGGCGAGAUUCUGGGCAGCGAAGACGACGCGAAGAACCCAAAGUUCAAGCAUUCGCUGGAGUUGUGUGCUCUCGACUAUAAUGAUGCGGCCAUCUUCUUCACGACCAGAGGGCUGGGGGACGUGACGAAGAGUUUGGAAAUACAUUCUGCUUUGGAUAACUCUCAGAACUGCGACGGCGAGCUGGUGAAGAUCACGAACCAUGGUGGUGCCGGACUGAUCGAUGACUCGAUAUCGGCUGCUAUUCAGAGGUGGAAGAAUCUGUACGCGGUGGCCAAUGGAGUCGUGCUGUAUGCUGAAGAUGUGUUCAAAGGCAACCCUGUUGAUGAUGGCCAAGGAGAUGACGACUGCGGACCAGAUUACUGAACCUGCUAUCCAUCUAUAUCUAUAGGAAUUGUAAGGAUUAUUAUGAAGUGUUUUCAUGGAAGGAAUUGAGGAAACACGAAAAGAAGUCUUUUGAAGUGUAGUUAGGGCUUCAUAAUAACUGCUGCUUUUAGGAGUGGAAAGUGGAAAAUAAACUUGAGAGAGAUAU